CGCCUAUCACAUCCCAAAUCACCGCCUCUCUCACCCAUCUCCUAAAAUCGCAUCAAUCUCCUCCGAUGGCUCUCUUCUGAACGGACUUUUUACAUGCGGCUCCACACUCUCAUCUAUUGACUUUCUCUGCUUCUUUCCCGGGGAAUCUCUCUCUCUCUCUCUCUCUGUGCGUAGAAGAUAAUGGGUAGCGGGAGUAGGAGAGAACGCUCUCGCCGUUCAAGGCGAAGGGCAGACGGUUCUGAAUCAGAAUCACUUUCCCGGUCCGAUGAUUCAGAUAGCCGUGACUCAUCGCCCGAAAGGGGUUCUGACAAGCGCAGGAGAAGCGGUCAUCAUAGUCGUAGCAGUAGUCGGCGUUCGCGGCGUCGGAGCUCACCAUCCGAUCAGGACUCUGGUGAUAGUGACGAACGGGGUCACAAGAAGAAAAGAUCCUCGAGGAUCAUCAGUGAAGAAGAAAUACAAGAGUACCUGGCCAAAAAGGCUCAGAGAAAGGCAACGAAAGUCGCAAAAAAAUUGAAGACUCAUACUGUCUCGGGUUAUUCGAACGAUUCAAAUCCAUUCGGUGAUUCUAAUCUCAACGAGAAAUUUGUUUGGAGAAAGAAGAUAGAGCGAGAUGUUUCUCAAGGUAUUCCACUUGAUAAUUUUUCAGUCAAGGCCGAGAAAAAGAGACAGAGAGAAAGGAUGGCGGAAAUUGAAAAGGUGAAGAAGAGAAGGGAAGAAAGGGCACUUGAGAAAGCACAACACGAGGAAGAAAUGGCAAUAUUAGCCAGAGAACGUGCUCGUGCUGAAUUCCAGGACUGGGAAAAAAAGGAAGAAGAGUUUCAUUUUGACCAAAGCAAAGUCAGGUCUCAGAUUAGAUUGCUUGAAGGGCGUGCCAAGCCAAUUGAUAUCCUAACCAAACAACUCAGUGGAUCAGAUGACUUGGAUAUUGAAAUAAAUGAACCCUACAUGGUUUUCAAGGGCUUGACAGUGAAAGAAAUGGAAGAGCUUCGUGAUGACAUCAAAAUGCAUCUUGACCUUGAUAGGGAGACACCAACCCAUGUGGAAUACUGGGAGGCACUCCUUGUGGUCUGUGAUUGGGAACUUGCUGAAGCUCGUAAAAAGGAUGCUCUUGAUCGAGCUAGGGUGCGUGGGGAAGAACCGCCUGCUGAGCUGCUUGCAGAAGAAAGAGGUCUGCAUGCCAGUGUUGAGGCAGAGGUGAAGAAUCUCUUGCAAGGGAAGACUUGUGCUGAAUUGGAGGCCAUGCGAGUGCAUAUUGAGUCUCAAAUGAGUAGUGGUACAGCAAAAGUGGUUGAGUAUUGGGAAGCUGUUUUAAAACGCCUUCACAUAUAUAAGGCCAAGGCUUCUUUAAAGGAAAUCCAUGCUCAAAUGUUACGUAAGCAUUUGCAACGCCUUGAGCAACCAUUGGAGGGCGAUGACAAUUUGGAGAAUGCUUAUGGUACAAAAUCUGAAGAGGAGGACAUUCAGGAUGAUGUUAAAGUUGGAGCAGCAGAUGAAACAUAUUCGCCAGAACCCAUGAAAGGGGAGGAUCAGGAAGCGGAAGAUGAGUCUGGAUCCUUUUCACCAACAUUGUUGCAUGGUGAUGAAAAUGAGGAAGCUAUUGAUCCUGAGGAGGACAGGGCUAUCCUGGAGCGGAAACGAAUGGCUGUAUUAGAGGAGCAACAAAGACGAAUGCAGGAAGCAAUGGCAUCAAAGCCUGCCCCAUCUGAAGAUAAUUUUGAGAUGAAGGCUAUGAAAGCUAUGGGUGCUAUGGAAGAAGGAGAUGCACUUUUUGGGUCUGGAGCUGAAGUAAAUCUAGAUUCACAGGUUUAUUGGUGGCAUGACAAAUACCGGCCCAGAAAGCCAAAAUAUUUCAACCGUGUUCACACUGGAUAUGAGUGGAACAAAUAUAACCAAACUCACUAUGAUCAUGACAACCCGCCUCCAAAGAUUGUACAGGGAUAUAAAUUUAAUAUUUUCUAUCCAGACCUUGUAGACAAGACCAAGGCUCCAACCUACACUAUUGAGAAAGACGGCAGCAAUGGUGAGACAUGCAUAAUAAGAUUCCAUGCAGGGCCGCCAUAUGAGGACAUAGCUUUCCGAAUUGUGAAUAAAGAGUGGGAAUAUUCUCACAAAAAAGGCUUUAAGUGUACAUUUGAGCGUGGAAUUUUACACGUGUACUUUAACUUCAAGCGCUACCGCUACCGCAGAUAAUUUCAGGUGCCGGUUUGCUGGGAUUAUGCCAAUGAUGCUGGCAGUCGAGAUAUAUGUCCUGGGCAAUUGACAGCUUGCAGCUUUUGGUUUCUUGACAGGAACUCCCAGCUAGUAUCAGAUUUGUCAUGGGAUUGUAAAUGAUUUUGAAGUUAUUGAAACGUCUCUUUGUUGUAGAAAUAGGUGUGCUAGAUAGGGUUUCGAGUAGAGAUUUAACAUCUUUAGUCUGGGCCUAUUACAUUCCGACCUUGAUUUAUUGUCACACCAAUGGUAUCCUUUUGUAUAAUGGGUAGUGCCCCUUUUGAUGUACAUGGUUAUUUUGGGCUAAUCUAAGUUCACUUUUCUUCACAAAAAAAAAAAUAAAGAAAAGAAAAGA